AUGUCGGAUUUCGAGGAAUUUGAGAAACAGCUGAGCGAGAAUCGACAAGAGAGAGAAAGAGAAAGACACAAAAAGAGGAGUCGCAGCGGAUCUCCGGGCCGAGGCGACAAACAUCGCAGCUGGAGCAAAGACCGAGGGAGCCGCAGCCGAGAGAAGCGAAGCCGCAGCAGAGACCGGAAGAGCCGGGACCGCCGGAGCUCCUCCCGAGACCACAAGAAGCACAGUCACUCUCCAAGGCGAACCAGGAAGAAAAGGACCUGCAAAUAUUGGGAUGUGCCUCCUCCUGGCUUUGAACACAUCACUCCAAUGCAAUAUAAAGCUAUGCAAGCGGCCGGGCAGAUACCAACAAUAGCUCUGCUGGCGACGUCCACCACGACCGGAGUGGCCGCAGCACCAACACAAGUGCCCAUAGUUGGCAGUCAGAUGACAAGACAAGCCAGACGCCUCUAUGUUGGAAAUAUUCCCUUUGGAGUGACUGAGGAGUCCAUGGCAGAGUUCUUCAAUGCUCAGAUGCGGCUCGCAGGCCUUUCACAAGCCCCGAGCAACCCUGUACUCGCUGUGCAGAUUAAUCAGGAUAAAAACUUUGCUUUCCUAGAGUUUCGGUCUGUAGAUGAGACGACUCAGGCCAUGGCCUUCGACGGGAUCAUUUUCCAGGGUCAGUCGCUGAAGAUCAGAAGACCUCACGACUACCGGCCUUUACCUGGUAUCUCAGAGCAGCCCGCUUUCCACGUCCCAGGCGUCGUCUCCACAGUCGUCCCUGAUUCCCCCCAUAAACUGUUCAUAGGAGGCCUGCCAAACUACCUUAACGAUGACCAGGUAAAGGAACUAUUGACGUCAUUUGGGCCUCUCAAAGCGUUCAAUCUAGUGAAGGACAGUGCCACGUCACUGUCAAAAGGUUACGCCUUUUGUGAAUACGUAGACGUCAGCGCCACUGAUCAGGCAGUUGCCGGGCUCAAUGGGAUGCAACUGGGCGACAAAAAGCUGAUAGUCCAAAGGGCGAGUGUGGGAGCUAAAAAUGCUAAUCCUGUGAGUAGGACUACCUCCAUCAUAGAGACCCCAGUGACGCUGCAGGUCCCUGGACUUCAGAGGCUGCAGAACUCUGGCAUGCCCACAGAGGUGCUGUGCCUUCUCAACAUGGUGAUGCCCGAGGAACUGGUGGACGACGAAGACUACGAGGAGAUCCUGGAAGACAUCCGCGAGGAGUGCUGCAAGUACGGUAGCGUCCGCUCCAUCGAGAUCCCCCGACCUGUCGAUGGUGUGGAAGUCCCCGGCUGCGGAAAGAUCUUUGUGGAGUACGUUUCUGCCGCAGACUGUCAGAAAGCCAUGCAAGCUCUCACCGGCCGUAAGUUUGCCAACAGAGUGGUGGUCACCAAAUACUACGAUCCAGACAUGUAUCACAGACACGAGUUUUGA